AUGGCAAACGAUUCCGCUGAGAUGCCCUACCUUCGCUCCAUACCAUAUUGGCGAAUUUUGACCGACCAGGGAGUCGUCACUCAGGAGAUCAUCGACUAUCCUUACGCUGGCUCAGGAACAGAAGAAGACCCGUUUCACGUUGAAUGGAUCCCGAACGAUCCCCGAAAUCCUAUGCAAUUCGACACUCGUCUCAAAUGGGUCUACACUGUGAUAGUCGCCUUUGCUACGCUGGCUGUCUCACUAGCUUCUUCGGCCUAUGCAGGUGGUAUAUCUCAAGUGCUCAAAGAUCUGGAUGUCAGCCAAGAAGUCGGCACCCUUGGUGUUUCUCUUUUCGUCCUUGGAUUUGCAGUUGGCCCACUUCUUUGGGCGCCUCUCAGUGAGCUUAUCGGUCGCCAAGUUGUCUUUUUGAUCACUUUUCUUGGUCUGUCGGUAUUCUGUGCUGGCGCGGCGGGGUCCCAGAAUAUCUGGACUUUGGUCAUUCUACGGUUCUUCGCUGGUUCUUUUGGCUCAUCACCCUUCACCAAUGCUGGUGGUGUUAUCGCCGAUAUCUUUCCUGCAGACGAGCGAGGCCUAGCGACUAGUCUUUUUGCUGGCGCCCCUUUUCUAGGACCCUCUCUCGGCCCUGUUGUUGGUGGGUUUAUCGGUCAAGGUGCAGGCUGGCGGUGGGUACAGGGAUUCCUAGCUAUCUUCACUGGUCUCAUUUGGAUCGUGGGGCUGCUAUGUAUCCCAGAAACCUACGCACCCCUCUUACUGCGCAAACGAGCAGAGCGACUAUCCUCCCUCACUGGCCGCGUGUAUCGCAGCAAAGUGGAGAUUGACCGUGGGCAGCUGUCUGCGCGUGAUGCAUUUAGUACUGCACUCAGUCGCCCUUGGAUUCUAUUGUUUUCCGAGCCUAUCGUCCUGCUGCUUUCUAUCUACAUGGCUAUCGUGUAUGGAACACUCUAUAUGCUCUUCGACGCAUUUCCCAUUGUUUUCCAAGACAUCCGUGGCUGGGGUGAGGGCAUUGGCAGCUUACCCUUUAUUUCUGUGAUGAUUGGCAUGAUGAUAGCAGUGGGCCUCAACAUGUACGACAAUAAGCGCUAUGUCCGCAUUCACGAGAAGCACAAUGGAUUUGCACCGCCUGAAGCCCGUCUGCCACCUACAAUUCUUGGUGGUCUCGCCAUCCCUAUUGGCUUGUUUUGGUUUGCAUGGACCAACUCGCCAUCAAUCCCAUGGAUUGUUUGCGUGGUUGCUACCGCACCCUUCGGCUUUGGAAUGGUCCUCGUUUUCUUGGGGAUUAUGAGCUAUCUCAUCGACGCAUACACCAUCUACGCUGCAUCGGUACUCGCAGCCAGCUCUAUCAUACGUUCGUGUUUUGGUGCGAUAUUCCCACUGUUUACCACCUACAUGUAUCAAAACCUCGGCAUCCAUUGGGCAUCGUGUAUUCCGGCAUUCCUUUCUCUUGCCUGUGUUCCAUUCCCCUUCAUUUUCUACCGCUACGGUUCUGCCAUUCGCCAAAAAUGCAAGUAUGCCGCCGAGGCGGACGAAUUCAUGCGCUCAUUGAUGCGAAAGGUUCACGACCAUGACGCUAAGCUUGAAUGGGUGGGCUUGACUCAAACAGCCAUGGCAAGCGACUUGGCUUCCUCAAUAUCAACUUUGGAGCGCACAGAUACGGUCUACGAGGCGAACCCGUAUGACAUUGACCGUGUGAACACGCACCACUCCGCCAUUACCCAGCAUUCAAAAUCUUUGAAAUGGAGACUUUGGAAUUUCUUUGGCACUGGCCGCAAAUGA